AUCUUCACUAACAUUUUACCAGUGAUCUAACUUAACCUACAAUAAUAAUCUGGACAUAUAUUUAUAAAUGUUUAUACAUUAACAGUUUAUGAUAUCUGAAUUACACAUACACAAUGAGGCUUGGAUCAGUUCUGUUCGCUAUUACUAAGAUACCGUAUAGAUUUAGAGGGAAAUACCGCAAAGUUAAGAAACCAACUUUGCAAGAUUUAUUUAACAUGAAGCAUGACUUUGAAAGGGAAGAAAGAAACAUGUUAAUCCUACGGCAUCCCUAUAUUACACUUCAACAAAGUCAUGGUCACACGGGAGAAACAAAGCAAUCGAGGAAAGACAAGUUUCUCACCAAGAUAUAUGCAGAACACAGACAAAAGUUUCAAAAAGAAAUUACUAUUGCCGAACGUUUAUGUCAUAUGAGAGUUACAGAAGCAUGGGAUUAAAUGCUCUAAUAUCUGGACACACUAUUAUUUCGUAAAUUGCUUUAGAUCCUUGCAAAUUAAAUGAAUGUCAAAAAUGUAAUAUAAUUUUUUUCUUUGCAACAUUUUAUAUAGUAAGUACAAUCUAAAGUAUAUUUUACAAAGUAUUUUUCAAAUAGAAUAUAUAUAGAAUAUAUUACACCAAUUUAUCUAACUUG